UCUCAAACUGCUCCUUCACACCCUGCACAACUCAAUCUAAACUCUUCCCGUUCCUUCUCUGCAGCAUACAGAACCAUCUCAGCUGUGAAUGGUCCACUGGUGGUACUCGAUAAUGUUAAGUUUCCAAAAUACGCGGAGAUUGUGAACUUCACCCUGCCGGAUCGCAGUGAGCGCAGUGGCCAGGUGUUGGAGGUGGUUGGAUCCAAGGCAGUGGUUCAGGUAUUUGAAGGAACAUCAGGCAUCGACGCCAAGCUGACAGCCUGUGAGUUCACUGGAGACAUCCUUCGUGCCCCAGUGUCGGAGGAUAUGCUGGGUCGAGUGUUUAAUGGAUCGGGAAAGCCGAUUGAUAAGGGGCCUGCUGUAGUGGCAGAGGACUUCCUCGAUAUAAAUGGCCAACCGAUAAACCCACAGUCUCGGAUUUACCCUGAAGAAAUGAUUCAGACUGGGAUAUCACCGAUUGAUGUGAUGAACAGUAUCGCCCGAGGUCAGAAGAUUCCCAUUUUCUCAGCAGCUGGACUCCCGCACAAUGAGAUUGCUGCUCAGAUCUGCAGGCAGGCCGGCCUGGUCAAGAAAGCCAAGCAUGUGGUGGAUUACAGUGAGGACAACUUCGCCAUUGUCUUUGCAGCGAUGGGGCACGCCCCCCAGGUCAAGAAAGCCAAGCAUGUGGUGGAUUACAGUGAGGACAACUUCGCCAUUGUCUUUGCAGCGAUGGGGGUAAGCCCUGCCCUUGAUGGGAUCAUUCCCUUUCACAUUCUCCCGCUGAAUGUUUCAUCAGCACGCCCCCCCCCCACCCACCCCGCCACGGCAGAGCCCCGAGAGGAGAAGGCAUUGAAGGAGAAACUGCUUCCUACUGCAGUUAAAUAUCAGGGAGGCGAAAGAGUACAGAACUCCACGCAGGAUCAGUGUACACUUGAGACAGAACAUGCCCCCCCUGCUACUGAGAUCGGUAUGAAUUCCCACUGGCUGUGUCUGUGUUGCAGGAUUGAGCGGAUUAUUACCCCCCGCUUGGCCCUGACCGCGGCUGAGUUCCUGGCCUAUCAGUGUGAGAAACAUGUGCUGGUCAUCCUGACGGAUAUGAGCUCAUACGCAGAGGCUCUGCGGGAGGUAUCUGCAGCCCGUGAGGAGGUUCCUGGGAGACGGGGAUUCCCUGGUUACAUGUACACGGACUUGGCGACCAUCUACGAGAGGGCGGGCCGUGUGGAGGGGAGGAAUGGCUCGAUCACCCAAAUCCCCAUCCUCACCAUGCCAAAUGAUGACACCAUCGAUGCCACUGGGUACCGCAUCAGCCCCAAACCCGACUCCUCCACCGCCAUGAGCCUACCUCGGGCCCACCUCAUUGUGCAGAUGCCAAUGUCUCAUACUGGGCCCAAGCUCACCUCUGAUAGCCUCACCUCGAGUCCCCUCCGCUGGGACCACUUGUUGCCACCAGAGCCAUCACCAAGCUCUUCAGCUAGAGAGAAACAAUAUGAUGUUCCUGAAGGAAGUGAUUUUACAGCUCGAAGGAACAGGAAAGAUCUGGGUCCAAUCAAUCAGAUUGAUCAUCACCAUGCAGAUAACAUCAAGGGGCAGGAAGAACUUAAGGAUUACAGUGAGGAUUGA